ACCUAACAUAUUUCACGUUAUUUUGUUUUCAAUUCAAUCAAGUCCUCUUUUCAAUGUUUUGUCACUUUGUCAAGUUGAGUAAUUGAUUCAUCCCAUAUUUCACUUCCAUUAAGUUACAUACGGAAUUUUUUAUGAUGAAAUUUUUCGUAGAAAGUCUCACGAAAGGUGUACCAAGAAUUGGAUAUAUAGCAGAACUAAAAGGGAAACCUAAUGUAACAAUUCCAACUCCUAUGGUCAUAUUACAUACUCAAGGAGGACAAGUACCACAUAUAACUCACGAAGUGCUUAAAUUGGUUAACAAUAACCCACACAUCUUACAAAUUCCUCUAGUUAGUGUUUAUAAUUUCAAAGAAGCUAUUGAUUAUUUUGAUGGGGCUAUCAAUGAAUUUAUAGGAAGCGAAGAGAGUAUAUGUUGUAUAACAUUGCAAGAUCCCAGUAAUCUCACCCAACAAGGUCAUCACGCUAAAGGAAAAGUUCCAAUUUGGACUAAAAAUGGAAAAGUGUACUUUGACAGUAAAACUUAUAUGGAUACAAUUUCAUCAUGUAUGCCUGAUAUGUACCAUUUAUUAUCUGAUGGAGAUACAAACCUAAGUAGCCCCCAGAAGCGCUUAACCAAAGCCGUUGAUAAUACAAUAUCUUUUCAUAAGGAAUGUUUAGAAAUACAUAGGAAUUGUGAAGAGUUGAAACAUUCACUAAUUAUUGCACCUAUUGCUGGGGGAUAUAGUAUUCCACAUAGAAAAAGAUGUUUAGACAGUUUAUUAAAGGAUGAUGAAGACAUUGGAGGAUAUUUGAUUGAUGGCUUACAUAACAAUGGUCCUGAAGUUGAAUUUUUAACUUUUAUGGAUAUUCAGCCUGUGAUGGAGUUCUUAAUUCGUAACUUACCCCCACAAAAAAUACGAGCAGUUCAGGGUUGCUGGAAUCCUUUGGUUGUUAUAAAAUUAGUGAAAUCAGGUGUGGAUAUGUUUGAUACUUCCUAUUGUAGAAUGUUAACAGAAAGAUCAGCAGCUAUGACAUUCCCAAUAGAUGAUACAGAAGAGAGUUUAUCCUAUGAGAUUAAUCUUCGUCAGUUAAGGUACAUUGAUGAUUUUCAACCAAUUUUGCACGGAUGCCAGUGUACAGCUUGUUUGAAAUAUUCACGAGGAUACAUUCAUCAUCUGCUAUCUGUGCAGGAAUUAUUAGGACCAGUUUUAAUAAUGAUACACAAUAUACAUCAUUACCUAAGAUUUUUUGAAAAACUGCGAGAAUGUAUUGCCAACGAUACGUUGGAUCAAUUGGAAUUGAGUAUGGAGGCCCAUUUCAGAAGAUAUCAACAGGAAAUGUUACUGCCUCAGAAAGAACCAGUUGUCAGUGAUUCAGUAUUUUGAAGUUUUAUCUACUUAUCAAAAAUGGAAUUCUCUGGUUUCUGUACAUAUAUGUUUUUUGAAAGAACAUUUUUCAUGAAAAUGAA